ACAAUUUAUCCAGCAAUUGAUGAAUUUGUUUUAAAGAGCUAUUUAGUUAUUUUAGAUACUUUCGAUAUGUUUACACAAAGGGUUUCAGAAUUAGAAAGCAAGGGUUAUUUAAAUUUAGAGUAUGUCAAAAAUCUUUAUCAAACUAAAAAGGAUACUAUUACCGAUAAAACCAAAUCUCAACAAUUAGAAAAACUCUUAAAAGAUAUUCAUUAUUGUAUCGAGAUGAAAAGUCUUGAAAAUGUUCCACAAGAAAAGCGUUUAGAUAUAGUUACUAUUACAGGUUUGGUAUUUGGUAGGGUUCAUAGAUUAGAAAAUGAAAUGAGAACCGUAGUUGAACAGUGGAAACAUUUGGAAAAUUCACCAAUUAGAGUCUCAUCACCGCUACUUAUCUCAUCUAAUCAUCACCAUAGAAGAGCAAUCUCAUCAUCAAAUGAUAGCACAGGUAGUGGAAGUAGUAGUUCAAAAUGGUCAUUUUCAAAUAGUAACUUUGAACAGAAACAAAAUACUGCACCAAAAUUCCUUCAAGCUCAAAGAAAAAUUAAUCAUUCAAGUAAUGGAACUUUAGUUGUUGGUAAUGGAGGUUAUUAUCAUAAUAAUAAUAGUAAUAAUAACAGUAGACCCACCUCACCUUCAAAUUUAAAAAACUAUCAUAUAAAUAAUGAAGACAGUACUUUUUCAUCAGGAGACGAAAAAUAAUCUUUUCAACAGAUAUUUAGUGUUGCUUUUUAAUAAUCAAAUAUUUAGUAUACUUAAUUUUAUUUAUUUAAUAAAAAAAAAAAAUUUUCAAAGGAACU